GGGACACUACCCAGCUCUUACAAACCUUGAGGAUGAGAGAUAUAUACUUAGUGCUGUUUUUAAUGUUCUUGAAAUGGAGGCACACAGAAGCCAGCUCAGCUGUAAAGACCCUGGAUGUACCUACGGACCAUGAAGCAAACACAAGCCACCCUAGUUUGACUUCUGCUGAAACGCAGAACUUCAGACAUGGAGUGGUGACCCCUGAGGUUCCCGCUGCAGAAAAAACAAUCACUUUGGUGAAUAUGAGCCAUGAGGAUGAGGUAAGACAUAGCACUCCGCUACCCACAAAAGAGUCUCCAGGAUUACAAACGGCAUCAGUGACCCAGGAGAAGAAUCCCUUAACGCCUAUGAAUCCCUCAAGAGGAAUCAAUGAUAGUGGCAUUCCUAAUGCUAAGGCACCAGCUCUUUCUAACUACACUGGGAUCCAUGUGCAAAGCCAGCCUAGAAAAGGUCCUCUUCAUGAUGAAGCUCCUAGAAGCCCUAAGGGAACUACAGUAAACAGAUCUUCCAGGCAUUCGGACUACAGCAAAACACCCAGCUUUGAAACUACCAGGGGAAAGAACUGGUGUGCUUACGUUCACACAAGGCUGCAGCCCACCGUAGUGGUGGACAAUGUGGAAAACUAUGCAUCGGGCAGAACCAAGCCGUGCAACUGGGUUAGUGGUCCCUGUGGGUCAAGCUCUCAGUCAAGGACUCGCCAAGCUUACCGGAUCAAACACAUGAUCGUGACAUCACUGGAGUGGAAGUGCUGUCCUGGAUACAGUGGACAAAUGUGCCAGCCCAAAGUCCAACAGGAUCAACUGCUUAUACACAGCAACCAGGCUGAAAGCAACGUGGCUGUCAACGGGGGUGCGCUGGGAAACCAACUGCCGCUACAGCAGCCGCAGGACCUCAGCAACCCAGCAAUUGCACAAAAAAUGAAUGAGCAGAUUAGCAGCCAAGAGAUGAAACUGACUUUGUUACAGAAGAAGGUUGACAACAUUUCGGUCGUCAUGAGUGAUGUGAGCAAGACACUAUCCUCUCUGGAAGGCAAAAUCAAUGAAGAUAAGGGCAGAGACUUGCAGGCUUUUCUAAAAGGUCUCAAGUCCAAAAGCAUUAACGAGCUAGUGAAAGAGAUUGUAAAAGAGCAGAUCAAAGUCUCAGAAAAUGACAUGCAAGAGACCCUAGUCCAGAUUUUCAAGAUGAUGUCUGAUCUAUCUGAAAACCUCGAGAGUACCAAAGAAAUGGUCAAAAGCUUGAAUACAUCUCAACAAAAACUUGCUUUGGAAAUAAAAAACAGACCUGUAAAGACAGAAAUCCUAGAGAUAAAAACCCAGAUCCUGCACAUUGAGGAGGAGAUAAGCGUUACAUGUGAUCUGCCAAUCAGAGAUUUGCAGGAAAAGCAGAAGGCUAUGGGAGUUGCUUUGGAGCAUCAAAGUUCAAAGAGUGACAUUUACUACGAAUCCCUGAACAAGACUCUGAGCCAAAUGAAAGAGGUUCAUGAGCAGCUGUUAUCAGCUGAAAGGGUCUCAGAUCAAAACAUCCCUACAGCAACCGAAAGUAAAUCGGUGAGCGAUAACAUUACAGAUUACAUGAUUGGUCUGCAUGAGAAAGUGAAAACUCAGAGUCUGAUGGUUCUGCAGCUGUAUGAUGACCUCAGAGUCCAAGACAGCAAGAUCAACAACCUCACUCUAGCCCUGGAGAUCCAGAAAGACUCCUUACCAGGAGCAUUUGAUGAUGUAUUUUCUGAGUGCCGGAGGGAAUUCCAAACACGACUGAAGGAAGCAGAAGAGAACAUGCUUACUUUAAACAGAACGAUGGAGAACCUCAUGUUUCCUUUAGAUGAUAAGAUGGACAAAAUGACGGAGCAGAUUAAUGACCUCUGUUAUGAUAUGGAGAUCCUCCAGCCUUUGAUUGAGCAAGGAGUGCCUUUUAGCCUCCCAUCAGAUGAUGAGCAGCAGAUCGAAAGAGACACUGUAAACAGGAAGCUGGAAAAUUUAACCAGUCUUGUGACAGGUUUGAGUUCCACCAUCGAAGAACUCACCAAAAGCCAAAAGAAGCUUAAAGAUGAAGCUCAGGCUCAUAAGGAAGAAUCUGAGAGACGAAUUGAGGAAUGUUUUGUUUUAAUGGAAGAUGGCUUAAACAAGACCAUGAUAGUGAUCAACGGUGCCAUUGAUUCUAUUCAGGACAACUACGUAAUGAAGGGAACACUGGAUAGCUUGAGAAAUGAAACGAGAGCCUGUUGUCAUGGAGCAGAGAACUUGGAAAGCAUAUUGACAUGGAUACCUCAGUUUCAGCUGAUGAACGAAUCCCUUCAGAUACUAGUCAAUGAGAAUCAGAAACAUGGCUUUGUUACAAGAAGGACUGUGCCUUUUUCAGAUCCUUCAUCAGGGGAACAGGGCAGAAUAAGUUUCCCUGAUCUCAGCCAAGUCCAUCAAGUUUGGAACACAACAACAUUGUCAAAUACACAAGAACAUCCCCGAGACACUGGUCACCAGGAAGAGACACUUUUGCAACCAGUGCAGGAGCAUGAAGAUCAUGAAGUUCGCCUGCAGGCCGUGGAAGCAAAAAUAGCUAAGUUUUUAGCAAACAGCUGCAUCUCAGUACGAAAUGUCAAAGCUGUUCUAUCAGAAAAGGACAAAGAGGUCUCUGGUCAGUUUCAGACCAUGAGUUCCAGAAUCAGAGCGCUGGAAGCCAAAUCUAUCCGUGUGUCUGUGAGCAUUCCACUCUUAAAUAAGACGGCUUAUGAAGCCAGGAGCUUGUGUCAAGAUGUCUCCGGAAGAAUUCAAGAGGUUGCUGCCAGCGUUCCCAGGUUAAUGCAAGUAGGUCACCCUGAUACUGUGCUAUUUCAGAAAGGCUUGCAAGAGUUCACUGAAUCUGUGCUGGAGAUGAAAGCAGGAAUGAUCCUAUCUAAUCUGACCAGCUACGUGGACAAGUCCCUCAACGAUGCCAUAUAUAAUAUGACCAAACGUCUGAAACCACCUCCUCCAGUUGUAAAAAAGCCAGGACCUGUUAAAAAGACACCAGCGAACACUACCACAGGCCAAUCUGGACGGAGUCAGAGAAACACAGAUACUGCUUUAGAUGCAGGUGAUUAUUUGAGUUGCAGUAGCUCCCCUUGCCAAAAUGGAGGGACCUGUGUCAAUGAAAGAAAGGGCUUUGUCUGUGCCUGCCGCUAUCCUUUCGGAGGAGCCACCUGCGGUACAAAGAUGAUGGAGGAAAAUGCUGCUGCCAUAGAUUUCUCAAAGGGGUCUUACAGGUAUGCACCCAUGGUGGCCUUUUUUGCUUCGCAUACCUAUGGGAUGAACACUCCUGGUCCUAUUCGAUUCAACAACCUGGAUGUCAACUAUGGUUCCUCCUACGUUCCGUCAAAUGGAAAGUUCCGUGUGCCGUACCUUGGUGUUUACGUUUUUGAAUAUACAAUUGAGUCACGCAGCCCACGCCUUUCUGGCUACCUGGUGGUAGAUGGAAUAGACAAACUGGCUUUCCAGUCUGAAAACACAAAUGAUGAGAAGUACACGGACAGGGUGGUUACUGGGUAUGCCUUACUGGAACUGAACUAUGGUCAAGAAGUCUGGCUCAGGCUGGCAGCAGGGUCCAUCCCAGCUAAAUAUCCACCUGUAACUACAUUUACUGGGUACUUACUGUACCGUACAUAAAUCCGUUGUGCGUAAAA